UUAGGCUGCCGGCCGUGGUGUUGCUGUCGGAGUACAUAUCACACCUGUUGGAAGUUAUUGUUCAUUUAGGGUUUUAAAAGUUUUUGCGUUCGUCAUAAUUGAAUUUAUUAAGCAGUACUUUAGUUUAUAUUGGGGCUCCUUUUUUUUUUAGGAAAAAUACACUUUAAUAAUCACAACUAUUGAUGAUUUAUUUCUAAUAAUCCCAACUAAGGUUUAUUAUCUAUAAUCUCAACUAUGCUAUGUGUUUGGCUCUAAUAGUCCCAACCGAUCAACACCAAAUCAACGACUUGUUAUAACAAGUUAUCACGUGAUUGGUCUAAAAUUAAAAAAAUAAAAUAAACACAAAAUUCAACCACCUUCCCCCACCGCCAAACCCUAACCCCACCCAUAAACACGCCGGCAAGAAGCCGACCACCCCCCUUAACCACCGAACUGGCCAGCCACCCAUCUAACCUACCCCCGAUGCCCGAAACCACCCAACCAGCCACACCGCACCUGUACACCAUCAGCAACAUCAACCCCUUAAUCCCCUUACCGCCAAUUCCAAACUGCUCCACCGCCUACCUUCUCGCCAUAAUUGCAACGCCGACCUCAAUAAUCAACAACAACACGCAAGAACAGAGCAAAUCGCAAUCACCGGCAAUGAGAGGGAAGAUUGAGGGGUCUGCUGAUGAGUCGAUGAACGCGUUGAUUGCUGCUGUCGGCCGGAAUUCCUUAGUGGCGAGCGAGACCUGACUUGCGGCCAGAGUUUGAUGCGUUGCUGGAAACCCUUGACUGGAUUUGACGCGCUGCUGGAAAUUCGGGGAUUGAGAAGGUCGGAUGGCGAGUUUAGGGGUGGGAAGGGAUGACUGACCGUUUUUGGGGGGUUAGGGAGGUGGGAGGUGGCCGGUACCAACAAUGUACCAACAAUCAAUUGGUAUUAGUUGAGAUUAUUAAAAUGUAUUUUUUUUUUACGAACCUUUGUUUGUCUAAAGAAUCACACAACUACACGAGUCUAUAAUUGGUUUUGCGGUUAUGUCUGUGUAUGUGAGAGAGGAGAGCAGAGAAGAGGAGCAUGGAAUUGAGUGAGAAGAAUGACCCUCAAAUUUCUACUUCGACCGGCGACGGCGGAGGCGGUGGAGGAGGGUAUAGCAUUGAGAACGUGAAGAGGGCAAAGCUAAAUUCGACGUUAGCCGCAUUACUCGACGAUCCCAUUCUCGCCGAUGUCCCAAAGAAGCCAUCUUUAUCAGAUGUCGACACCCUUAUCAGUUUAGAGCUCGGCAGUGCCAUGCGUAUCACUGUCCUCAAGCUCGACUCCACUUCUUUUGAUGUGGUUGUCAUGAAUUCGGCGACGGUGAAGGAUUUGAGGCUUUGUAUUAAGAAGAAAGUUAAUGAAAUGGAACAAUCAAAGAUGGGUCAUCGUCAUAUUUCUUGGAAACAUGUAUGGGCGAAUUAUUGCCUUUUGUAUCAUAAUGAGAAGCUACUCAAUGAAAGUGCGGCUCUUCAGGAUUUUGGUAUACGCAAUAAUUCUCAGGUGCAAUUUAUACCUUUCAUUGCAGCAAGGCAAAAUAAGAAGCAUACAAAGAGGAAAAAGCAUCGUUUUUUCCAUGGUUUAAACAAACGCUCAUAAGGCUACAGUAUAUGAGUGCUAGAUCACCCAUACUUCCUACACUUGACAGCUAAAGUAUGGGCUUUAUGGACUUGUGCUCUAUCUACCUUGAUACAUAUUACUAGGUCCACUUUGCGUGCUGCUGCUCUUAUAUCUAUGAUAUUGUGUUUCAGUUCUUUGGCUGUAGAUGACUUUAGUAGUCCUUGAACAACCUCUUGUGAGUCUGAUUUGAUGACAAUAUUGGAGUAGGAUUGUGACACUGCGUUAAGAGCUGUAAGGACAGCCAGCCCCUCUGCUUGGCUUGGAGUGCUAGCAAAAACUCGUUCUGCUCCCUGGAAGUUGUCUAGAUGCCCUGCUUCUGCUACCCAAGCUAUGGCAGCCUGCCAUUGUCCUUUUUUGCCCUUUCUUGUCUCCUUUCAGGCUGCAUCAACACAAAUGGUAAUAACAGGUUUGUUAGAGGCCCUGCCGGUGCUCCAGAUUGGAGGGAUCUUCGCUUUCUUCUGAUUUGGUUCUUCUGGUUUUGCCAAGGAUUUCUUCUAGGCAAGAGCUUUUUCCCAUCUUGUGACGUCUGACUGUGCCUCUCUCUGUACGAUGAAGCCUUAUGCGAUACUAUGUGAGUUAAGGAAACAUUGUAGGUAAAAUUGUACAUGAUGGUGGUUGUACAUGUCCCAUACACAAGAAAGAUUGCAGUGGGUCAUCAAUUGUUUAAUGUAGCAAAAAUCUCCCCAGAUGUAUCACUUUCUUGUACAUAACUCCAGAUUUAUGUAUAAUUUCCCUCCACUUUUGUUA